AUAUUCUCUUGUACAGAAGCGUGGAUCCUCUGAUUGUGUUUCUCUGUUUAUUGCCUGUGAAGAUCAUGGAACGUCCGCGCUCCCGCCUUUGCUUUCCCCCUAUUCUCCACCUCCCUUCUCUGUUAGCUGAUCCUAGACUUCCGCCAUUUGUAGAGACAGCAUCACAAAAAAUCAUACCAAUUUUUUAGGCAGCCACCAUAAGAAACCAAGUCCAGACUCUCUAUUUUGCUCGUCGCCUUCGGGCACAACUAGUACUGCAAGCCUUUUCGUGUAAAUCUCACAACCAUGCCAUCUUCCUCCCCUAACCCGCCUUCUGCCAUGAAGGCGGGAACUAGUGGUGGAAAUGUUUUUCCUGCGAAUAGCGGCAUGAUGUCAACGUCGGCAACUAGUACGAUGCGGAAUUCAGCUUCGUCAUCUUUUGGCGCAAGUGUAACGGACCAGACAACAAAAUUGCCAUCACUGUUAUGGUCAGCUUUUAAUAUUCAUCUCUCUCAACAUCAUGAUUUAUUCUUGCAACCCUUUUAUUCCAAUUCCCGUGGUUGAUAAGUACAAGGAAAAUGUACCGAGAUGAGGGAGCUCCUGAGAUGGAUUAUCUUGCACCUUCUAACACUGACAGGCGCAGGCAAAGAUCAUGCUGGUGGAUCGUCCUCAUCGUCCUUCAUGCCCCAUCAGCUGUCAAUACCACCACAUACGACAGCCGGAGGACAACAAGUGAACCAUCUCAAUGUCUCGAUCAACACCAGUAUGCAAUCUUUGUCCAUCGAAAGCGGAGAAACACCACUGUUCCCCUUCGGGUCUCUCUCCCAAGGGCUGGACUUCAUCCACCAAAGGCUGAAGAAGGAAAACGAAGAGCGAUGGCGGGAAGUGCUGGGGAAUCCACUAGGGCUAAAGGUGGCAGCUUUGGAGAAGGAGAAUGAGGAUUUGCGGAAACGAUUGGCGGUCAUGCGAGGGAAGAAGUUGCCGGCCGAUGAGGUGUUUCCCAUGUACGAGAACUUGAUCGAGCGCCAGAUGCACAGGAAUAGAGCAGUGACGAACUUUCUUUAUGAACGAAAAACCUAGAAGCUAGUACUUGAGCUUGAUAAUAAAUCAUAGAAUAAUAAGCUACUUCUUCUGAUAAUUCCUGUGUAUCAACAUUGAUGUCGUUGAUGUGCCGGAUCCUCGGAUGUUGUCCUCGAAGUAGUGCUGUCCACACGUCUUAGAGACUCUUCCUUUCCGCCUCAAAUAACCAGUCGUGCCUCUUCUAACCGGCAAAGCAGACCGAAAACCCUGAAAAUUCGCUGCAAGUUAUCAAGUCUCUCGGCAGCUUGGGUGACCGCUUGGACCGAGUGGGGAUGGAAGACAUUCGUCUUUUUGACCUGCAGAGACAGCUCGAGCACCUCCAACGUGACGCCAGGCAGUUGCAGACCGAUAAUCUGCAGCUGGGCUCCGACAAGUCGAAUUCGGAAUACAGAGAAAAAAAUUUGCAGUUGGCCAACGAAUUGUUGAAAAACCGAAUGGACGAAGCUCAUGCGAAAAUGUUGCACUUCAAAGCCUUGUACAACGAGAAACAGAAGGAGCUGGAUUCGAUCACGCAUAGUGUGAACUACAUCAGUUUGCUGUCGGAAGAGAAGCAAAUCGUUAGCAAGAGGAAAAGCCGUAUCAUCCUGUUAAUAUGUUGAUCAUUUUUGUCUUUUAGUAGACGCAGUUCUUGAAGAAGACGUAGACGAACACGAAGGAUGUACUAGAUCUUCAUGGUAGUUCCUACUUCAACAAGUGGAACAUGUUUAGACUUGGUUCAGGUUCGCUUUCUCCACGGUUUUAUAGUCGUCUUCCACAUUUUAAUCGUCUCCCUCAGGCAUUCCCGAAGGCGGUGAGGACAUGUGGAAGCGCGGGUUCGACAAAAUGCGAGUGGAGUUUAUCCAGCUGAUGCGCAUGUGCAGUAUUCAACGACGAAAAUUAGAGUACGCGGAGAAGCAAAAAAAGCUCGCGCAAGUCAGAAACAAGAAAUUGAAAGCGGAUUUGCAGAAGGCAUGGAGAGAUCUCAGUGAUCCUCAGAGGAUUGCGCAGGAAGAAGCUUUGAGUUCGACGAUCAUGAUGUCAACCAUGCAGGCACCAACUACAGUUCCGACAAAUGGGAACAAUACAUCAAUCAGCACAACAGGAGAUGGGAAGAGUCCAUCGAAGACAGCUGGGGGAGGUACUGGUGAUAGCAGUCAAGCCGCUACUUCAACAGGAGAUACCUCAGCUUCAGCCACACAGGAUAAUUCAGCAGCCCAACAAGGGACACCCGCUCCUCAACCUGCUGUUCGGCACCAUGCUUCGACUGGAGAUUCUCAGCAUGCUCCUAAUGCGGGAGAUGUAACGUUUUUGCCGCCACCGUUCAGGAUCGUCGAGGAGCACGAUAUUGUGGAUGAGGGUGCUGACGUGCCAGAGUAUGAACUUGUUGUUAUGGGUUUCCACAUUGCAUUUGAAUCUUCCACAACUAGCAUCCCUGGCCUCUUAUUUUCCAGUAGGAAAGAGGUCAAUGAUGUUCUGAAGAGUGCAAAAAUAGUGCAACUUUUAAUGUUGGGCCAGGUUUGAUGCAGGACGAGCUGUUCCCAUUAGGGAAUCACUUUCUGGCGUACUUGCUGAGCAGUAAGGGCGAUUACGCGAACCUUUUUCUGGAGGACUGUGUGGAGGAAGAUCGACAGAAAUGCGAGCGACUGGCUUUCAAUUAUGGACGACUAUAGACUCCUUCUAGUAGUUCUAAAGGUUGAAAAUCACAAAGCUAACUUGCUUUACCCCUCGCCCUUCUAAUCCAUAGAGUUCGUCGCCCUCCACUACCGAUCCGUAAAGGUGAAACAACUUCUAGAAGCUGGAGCAAAGUUGCAGGAAGUGAGCGACGCUGAUCAGGCCUUGGCUUUAAUUCAAGACAUUGCGAAGUCAUUCUUGUCAGCGGAUAGAGUUACCGUGUGGGUUGUGGAUGCGGUACUACUUACUGCUCUUUUCUGUAGUUGACAGUGAUGAGGAUUCAUCUCAUUUGAAGUGUAUCUAUGCAGCAUGUUGAAGACACCGGUGAAAUUGAAAUUGGUAUAGCAGAGCAUCAUCAUCGAAAAAUUUCCUUGUCUUCUGGUAGGUUUAAACGACCUUCUAUUUUCUAGUAAAUGACAUGAUCAUGAUCAAUUAUGUCUACUGAACAAUAGUCUCACGGCAUUUGUUGGACACGGUCAGCGACGCAGAGUGGAGAGGCGUUUGAAAUCAAGAUUCCUAUAGACAAGGGCUUGGUUGGGGAGGCAGCUAUGACUGGAAAAGCCAUCAAUAUACGAGACGCUUAUCAAGACAGUCGAUUCAAUCGCGGCAUCGACAAGCAGACUGGGUACUCCUUCUACUGAUUGUCCGGAUGUUGAUUCCAUAAAAUUCUUUGUAUGUAGUUGUUGCUCCUACUGACUAGACGUAGUCGUAGAUAUCUAAGCGACUCAUCAUCUCUUCCAUCUCGUCAAACAGAUACCGAACGAAAGAAGUCCUAUGUCAGCCGAUCGUGGUGCACAAGCGAGUUGUCGCGGUCCUGCAGGCUAUCAAUAAGCUGCAAAAAGUCGACCACUCUUCUGGAGAUAUGUCGGUUACUGACGUGAGCCACGGAUUCUCGAAGGACGACCAGUUUUUCUUGCAUGUCAUUGGUAAUGAGAACUCCUUGCUGUAAAAAGACUAAGUUGGUUCCGUAUACAACGUGAUGCUGUUCUUGAGACUCACACCUAGGAGGCCUUUAUUUCGUACCCCUUGAUGUUCUCUUCUCAGGUGUCCUCGGCAAGUCCACUCUUGACGCAUGUGAGUCCAAGCAAGGCGAUUACCUUGCUGUGCGACGAACGCAAGCACUGCUAGAGGCAAGUUUGGAGCUGGGAGUAGAGUUGUCGCCAUUGGAUGCGAUGGGACGGGUGGCGAGACACAUGAAACAGCUCUUCAAGGCCUUGGUUGUGCAAAUCACUCUGAUCAAGAGGCGAGAGAAUGAUUAUGGCUGAUGAUUCUAAUCAUCGUUGACUCAGAAGUCCUGCUCUCAGUAGUCUACGUCUAGUACGCCCCAGAAGAGUGCACCACGUCCACCACGGUAGAACUAAGUACUUAGUUUAGACAAAAGCAAAGAUACUCACCAUCUCUAAGUCUACUUAAUCCAGUUGGUGCGCUAUGACUCGGCAGGGUUGACGAAGCAGUUCGAUUUUGAUCUGGCUAAGAUGCACCGCGAACGAAGGAUCAACCCUGAAACAAGGGAGUACCUACCGAUGCCGUGGAGCUUGGUACGAAGCAUUAUUUUUAGGAGGUCUGGCCAGGUUCUACUAGUACUUCUCGUUCUUUUCCUUAACAAGUAGUACAUAAGUAUUUAUAAUUUACAUUUUCCAUCUCUAGUACGCUGGAGGACCUGAGCCUGACCUUGAGUAGUAUUAAGUACUUGCUUCUUGCUUGUCCUUGUAACGCACUGGCACUCAUCACCCAAUACCAAUACCAGACCUUCCUCUGUGUGCGAGACGAGCACGUUCAGAGCAGUAUCAUGAAAGUUCGGGAAGAACACUGCGAGGGCGUCGAUUUGCCAGUAGUUUAUAAUGGAAGGCGUAUGGGGAAACCAAAUAUCCACACGUUCCCGAUUUUCAAGAGACUCAGGAGUGCGGGAGACGCAGGCUCAGAACAAUCGAAAAAUAAGGGGCCGAUGAUCGGUAAACCUAAACCUAAACUUAGAAAUGUGAAUUAUAUUCAAAAAUGACUGUUUGCCUUUGACUUUGUGUGUACCUUCUACAACUACUUCCUACAGGAUAUUCUGAUCGUACAGCUGGCUAGAGUCGUGACAUGGAACUGACGACUUCAAUCCACGAUAUCAACAACUCCAAAACAAAGGUUGCAUCCAAUGGGUCUCGAAUGGCGCCGUAAGCGCCUUCGGAGAUGAUGGUCAUUUUCGCGGUGAGACUUCUAGUACGCAUAUGGCUGUGAUGUACAAAUAUGGAGAGAUUCUGGCCAGCUGCGUUGAGGUGUGGUACAACGAGUUGGAUAAACAAGCGCAAGAAGAGAAGGCGAAAGCGAAAGCUGAGGCGCGUCUAGACGAGAACGGCGACCCCAUGUCAGCUAGCAGUCUAGGAGGUAGUGGCAAUGGAACUAACCGCAGUGGGCACAAUAGUGCGGAUAGCAGUCGUCCUGUAAGCAGGAGCGUCGCGCUCCAGGGACAACUAGAGCGAGAAAACAGUCGCAUGUCGAGAAACACGAUUGGCAGUUCGGAAGGAAACAAGCCAGCGAAAGACACGACGAACUACAUGCUCUACCUACAGCAAAAAGUUGUUCCGAAGAGUAGGAUGAUGUAGUGUUGUCAUACUCUACUAGAGAUCCGAUCAUACCAUUUCAGAGUCAGACAGAAUUGUACUUCUAUCUACUAGCAAAAACAUAUUUACAGCAUAUUGACACUUCUUGAAAAGCCACAUAAUUAUCAACUUCCUACGUAUAACAGCGAGAAAAAAGUGCCUACGUAAUUUAGUUCCCUGUCAUGGAUCGAUAAUCCGUUCAUAUAGAAGCUACGAUAUCUUUCAAACUAGAGUCACAUCCCCGACGUUAUUUACACGUAAUAGUCAGCAAAGAAAUAAGAAAACCAAUUCAUUGUACCAGUGAAAAAACUCGACUUUUGAGAUAAUGGCCUUGGCGCAUAAUUACAUGACUUCUAAAAUGAUAUCCUUGCACGUGAAAAUCGUCGGUAAAAUAGGUUCGGAAUCGAAUGUAUAGAAGACUGAAUUGUGCCUUCUACUUCCAUGUCUAGGAGAAUCUUCUCCUUCAUCUCCUGUUUGUAUACUCUACUUGUGCCCGCAUGAGAGUUGGCCAUGAAACCUGAAAAAAGUACUUAAGAACGAGAGUUGAAGAUGCGCUUGAGAUUCUCGCCGAGCUUUGUGCAAAAGCGUGUCUUGUUUGUGCAAAAGCGCCGUCGCACCUAGCGUCCAGGCAGAAGCGAG